GCGUGAGCGCGCGCGCGUAUGUAUACAUACAUGCGUAGUCGCUUCGUGCCCGCUGUGCCAGCAGCAAGGGAUCCGCAGGGGAACGGACAAGCGGAGGGAAGGACGCGAGAGAGGAAGCGAAGUCGCGCGCGCGGCGGUCGGCGGUGUCUGAUGCGAAGUCGCCCGUGCGCCGAGGUACGGUACGCGGAGGCGCGGUCCGUCCGUCCGUUCGUCUGUCGUGUGUGUUCCGUGGGUCGUGCUGCUGCUGCCGUGCUCGCUUUCUCUCUCUCUCUCUCUCUCCUGGUGCUCUCUCGCGCGGCUCGGGGGAAAGAAAGAAAGAAAAAGAAAAGGAAAAAAAAACCGCCCGAGACACUCCGGGGAACCGGGGGAACCCGGUUCGCGUAUUCCGCGCGCGCGGUCGCGCGCUGGCGUGACAUCAUAGCCACUGUCGUCCGCGACGUCCGCUGGCUUGUCAGUCGUUCGCGGGACGCAGAAUGACGCAGUAAACGGAGGACAGCGGCAACAGCGGCGGUGGCGCGCGCGCGGAGUGCAGUGACGGGCUCUCCUAUCUCGGCUUCUCUCUCUCUCUCUCUCUUUCUUUCUUUCUCUCUUUCUCUCUUUACUUUCCCCUCGCACAAUGAUGAAAAUACGGUGAAGUUUUGCGGUGAAGAGCGACAAACGACGCGCCGUCCGCCCUUUUCUUUCCUUCCCGUUUCGUGACUUUCCCGUCGAUCAUCCCUGAGCGCGCGAUCCGCGCACAGCUGUGCGCUCGCGUUGUGCAACACAACGUAUCCCUUUCCUCCUCUCUCUCUUUAAGACGGCCGACGCACGGCUGGCAAAAUAGAUUCCCCCUUCCCGCCCGUUCCCUCUCGUCCUGCUCCGUUCGGUUCCCACUUCCCACAGUUCCCACCGUCAGUCCGCAGUCGGCGCAGUCAGUCGUCAGUCGUCGUCAACACAUCGCACUACCACCACUAUCACCACCACCACCACCACCACCACCACCGUCGUACGGACACGGACGGGCCGAUGCGCUUUCCUACUUUUCGUGAGCGUUGAAUAAUGCACCGCGUGACGACGACGCUUCGUGAGACGGCCCGGGAUUCAGCGUCGACGACGACGACGACGACGACGGUGAGGGUAGGUAAAAUUAAUUCGGGAAUAAAAAAUGUCUGCGGAAUCGCCGAGGCGAGGUGUGCAUAAAGGAGCUCAAGUUGUUUCACCUCAGCCCAUAGUAGAUCGAUCAAUUAUCGAUAGCGUCGCUGGGAUCAUCAAUGAUAUAGUACCACAGGGAUACGCCGGAGUAUCCAACUCUGAUAAUAAGGAAACCAUAUCAUGGGCGCGGUUUGAAUACGCGGAUAUAAAUGACCCUGCUUUAUAUCCCGAUUACAAUGAAGGUUCCAAUACGCCGCCGUUGUUGUUGGUAUUAGGAUACGCGGUUGGCGUUCAGGUAUGGCUAAUAGCAGCGACGGGAGAGGCAAUGGAAGUCCUAUCAUGGCGACAAGGCGUGGUUCGUACCCUUCGAAUUCUACCAAAUCCAAAGACUGACGACGAACACGUCGACGAAUUCGAAGCGAAACGGCCGAUGGUAGCGGUCUGCUCCGAGCCGGAUUCGACUCUUCCGGGACCAAAAUUUUGCGAUGUCAACUUCAUCUCCUUGAAAACCGGCGAGCAAGUGCACAGCGUAGGAUUCAAGCAUCCAGUCUGCGACGUGCUGGCGAACAGGCGGUCCGUGGUCAUAACGUUAUUAGAAAAAAUUGCGGUCUUCGAUGCCAGAACAUUGCAAAAUAAUAUAACAAUCACGACUUGCUAUGCCAGCCCUGGCCCAAAUCCAAAUCCUGUCACUUUAGGAACGCGAUGGCUCGCUUACAGCGAGAAAAAAUUAAUACCCGCGAGAAGAAGCAGCGGUGGCUGCGAAGGGGAAGGCGUUCAAAGUUACACAGCGACGGUUUUAUACGCGGCAAAGUCACUGGGGAAAGGUCUUCGCGGAUUAGGUGAAACCGUAGCGUCGAGUCUCACUGGGAAUUCGGUGUCACCGAUGGCUAUCAAUAACGCGGGCAAUGACGUAACGCAACCGGGCGUCGUUACGAUAUUAGAUCUUCAGGUCGCGAGAGACGAGAAAGAGUUAGAUGACUCGAAUGCGGAUGCCGUAAUCGCUCAUUUUACCGCUCAUAGCGAUGCGAUCGUUGCCAUGACUUUCGACUUGACCGGUGCGUUAUUAAUGACAGCGGACAAGAGAGGACAUGACUUCCACAUAUUUAGAAUCCAGCCGCAUCCCGGUGGGCCGACCCUAGCAGCGGUGCAUCACCUAUAUAUUUUACAUCGUGGCGAUACCACCGCGAAAGUACAGGACAUGGUAUUUUCGAGCGAUACACGUUGGGCGGCUAUUUCAACCGUGAGAGGUACAACGCAUGUUUUUCCCGUCGCGCCUUAUGGAGGUCCUGUUGGUGUCAGGACGCAUUCCACGCCCAAUGUCGUCAACAGACUAUCGAGAUUCCACAAAAGCGCAGGCUUGACAGACGACGGUACCCGAUCCCACUCUCCUGUGUCUCAUACGGAAUUACCUUUGUCUGUAUAUCCGUACUCUAAUCCUAGACUUCCUCCGUAUCCUCAUCCGACGAUAUUGCAUCCUCUGUCGCAGAUUCGGCAGCCGUCUUCUUUGAAUCAGGUCAACAGCUCCACGCAGCCAAGAUAUUGUGUAUUUUAUAGCAGACCUCAACAAAGGCAACGGUUACAUUCUGACGACAAUGGAUCUUUACCGUUGAAGAUCUGUGCGUGUUUCGCUCCGCCGAGAGCUUGGAUGUACGCGCAAAGGGAGUCCAGUAGUAAAGUUGUCAAAAGAGCGGUCGAUUCUCUGUUUAUCAUGGCGUGUCAUGGAAACAUGAUACAAUACGAUUUGGAUCCUAAACCAGCUGCUGGGGUGCCAAAGGAAAAGGUUUGCGACGACACUACUAUUGAAUUGGAGGUCGAAGCGAAGGGCCAGUGGCCACUUUGUAGAUCCCCUAAUUCGUCAGAUCUCAUCUUACCAUUAUCUCUGUCGAACCCAUUGCUCAGCGUUUCGUUCGCGCCAAAAAACAAUCAGAAAUUUGACACGGUUGAGGAUCGUUGGUUAAGCCAAGUGGAGAUCGUGACGCACGCUGGACCACACAGGCGAUUGUGGAUGGGACCACAAUUUGUUUUCAAGACUUAUAACGCACCUAGCGGUGUUGCUGUCAAUCUGGUUGAAGCGGAGGCAGUCGAGAUUGGAAUCACGGGAUCGCGCCCAGCGAGAUCGAAGCCCGUUAAUAUGCCCCAUGCGGCGACCAGGCCGUUGAUGCCAGUUGUCAUCGACGGAUCAGGAAGCAGUUAUGAGCAAUCACCAAGAUUCAUGGAAGCUUACGGUGAUCCUCUGGACAGCGAAAACGUGGCCGUUGGUAGCUGCGAAAGUCAACUGAGAGAGGAUCUCGCGGAGGCUAUGCUCGAGAUAUCAAUCGCGUCGCAUCGUGCUCCAGGGAGGCGUACGGUAUUUGAGAGGGUGGGUCAGCCGGUAACUAAAGUCGUCAACCCUCACACCGGCACCGUGAUUACCGUGUCGGCCGACGAGGAUGAGGACGCUAUUAGCUCCAUACAGGAGUACGACUCCGCCGCGGAGGAGAUCCACGCACCUAGAAGCGUGUGCGCGGAGGAGGGUCCGGCCUCGCUCGGCGCGGCCGACCUCCCGGACGAGCCGGAGAGCCGGGCGCUGAAUCGCGAGCUCACCGAGAUCUGCGCGGAGAUGCGCUCGGCAAGCGAGCCGGCGAUCGACAGUGUACCGGACGAGAACAUACGCGAGCUGCAGGAACGUCGCGCCUUGUGCGCGGAGAUGGCGGCCACGACGACGACGACGACGACGUCGAUUGACUACGAGAAGGAGGAGGCGUUCCGCGACGUGCCGACGAGUCUCAGCCUGUGCGCCGAACCAGGUGAGAUCCCGAGCAGCCCGAUGACGCAGGCGAAAGAGAAUGCGUUGUGGUGCAGCAAGGGGAUAUCCGUCGACAGGCGUACCGAGUAUUAUUGCAACGAGGCUCACGAGAGGCAUCUCGCCAAGGCUAAGUACGUCGUCAGCUACGAUGACGACAGCGUCACGUUGAUGGAGAACAAGACGAUGCGAAGCGAGAAGAGUAUCGAAAUAUUGCAGCCGAGUGUAGAUGAGAAAAUCAAGAAACCUAUCGCGAGAAAAGCCGUCAUUGAUUUCGAAAAAACGUCGAAUUUCAGGAUUCCGCAGAAACGUCCGAUUGAACAGCGGCUGACACGCGCGGAAAAAUACGUCGUCAAAGAGGACGAGGAUAGCGUCGUCUUCGAGGACGCGCGAUGCGUUAAUGCGGAUUCGGCGAUGAGUAUUGGUGCAAAGAAAGAGGAUAAUGACGUCGAUAAAAAAAGAGUUGAGGGCGCGAAAGAUACCAAGAUAGCGAGAGACAAAUAUGAGGUGAUGCGAAAGAAUGACGAAUGGAAAAGCCGCGCUUCUCCGCGGGAAUACCCUGGCAAGGAUCGAGUUACGCUCGAAGACAAAGAGAUUAUACGCGCGAGAGAGGUAUCUUCUAUCGACCUGUCCGAGUCGACGGAACCGAUCGCCGACGUAAUCGUGAAAAGAGGAAACCCUAUUAAGCCCCCGUUGGAUGUGGAGAAAGCAAGAUUACUGUCUAGUCACGAUGACGGAGAUGAGGACGACGACGAACUGCCGCCGUUGGAUCCGCCGCCGCUCGAUGAUUUCAGCUCCAUCGAGUAUCACAUGGUGGAGCCGUGCAAUCUCGGCAGAGACGCCGCCUCCACGUCUACCCAAUCCGAUGACGACAUAGAGCAUAUUCACGCGUCUGAGGUGAUGCAGAUGCGGACGAAAGUUGAUACGGGCGGCGGCAGAUGCAAAGACGCAGGUGCGACCGUUAACACGAUCGCGCAAUUUUCCUCUCCCGUAGUGCGACGGAAAAGCAGUAAGAGCACGAUCUCGGACGACGAUCUGGAGUAUAUACACAGUGUCGAGCUUGGCUUCGAGUCCACGAGCUCGGAACGGGGUGACGUCAGCGCGAUGAAAUCCUUUACAAAGGCAAGCAAUGACAGUUGCCCACGUAGAAGGCAUAGCAGACACACAUUGUCCUCUGACGACGAUCUGGAACACGUUCAGCUCUCGGAGGUCCGCGAGUUAGAACUUGAUGCGGUGGCGAGAUUAUCGCAGAGAGACUUUCCGCAGGCGACUCAGGAAACGACGGUGGCGGAGCAGCAAGGAGCAACGAAGCCUAGAUCUGGCAAGAAACGAAAGGAUAUUAUGGUGAUUGACAAGAGCGAGGCGGAGGUCGCGGAGGUCACUGUGAUAUACGACCCACUGGAGGAGGUCUGGCCCAAGUCGGAGGAGACCGAUAGAUGCAGUUUCACCGACUACUUUAAGGACAAGUCAGACGGGCCGUAUCCGAGCCCUACGAAAAGGGCGAAGAAUCGCGGUUCGAAGAUGAUGAACUUAUCAUCCUCGCUGCUACCUGCCAAACGUGCUUCUCAGACCCCCGACAGCGACAUCGUCGAGAUUAUCGAUCUCGACGCGAUGCAGAAGGCCGACGUGGAUGCCGAUGCGACGCCAGAGUGCAAGAUCCUACCUGUUGUCGCUGGGGCGCGUCCUCGGAAGUCUCGCAAGAGCAAGCGGUUGCAGUCGGACGGCCAGUCGCAGGAGACCAGCUCAACGGAGCUUUCUCUCUCCACCCCUUUGCCUUCGUUCCGUUCUUCCAAGGUGAGAAUGGCGGAACUGCAGGAAGCCGUGCGGGAAGCCGUGCGGGAGGAGCCAUUCGCAGAGUUUGACUCCAAGGAUCAAGGGUUGAAAGCUCAAGCCUCAUCUUUGGCAGAGAUAUCAUGGAGCUCUAUCGUCAAGAAGAGCAUUUCCUCUUCUUUGAAUUCGCAGGAAGUCUGCAAGGACACGGAUCUUGAGCCAUUGAUAGAGGUGGAGGAGAAACCAGAAGCCGGCAAACAAGCGAGAAAGCUGGAGGAAACGGAAUUCUGCGACGGGGACGAUUCCACGUUCUUCGAAUCCGCGGGACAUGCGAUGCGCGAACGCGAGAGUACACGACGACGAGCCUGCAGAACUAAGGAGGCGGAGGAGUGGGAGAAGGAGAAGGAGAAGGAGAAGGAGCGUCUCUUCGGUGAGAAGGAUAACGUCAAUGUAACGGAGACGGCAACGACGACGGUGGAGGAGAGUAUUCUCGUAGACCUUCACCCACCGGUAGUAGAAGAGCCUCGCGCGGACAAGGAUAUCGCGCGCGUCACGACUGCUAUGGCGCGAACUAAGAUCUCUCGGGACAAGGAGGAUAAUAAAGCGACGGAAAGCUGUCCUCUCCUCGCUCCGGAAGUACGAUCCAUCGUCGACGAGACACGUCGAGGUAACGUGGCUGCCGAGAGGAGAGAAUCGCAAAGAGAAUCUUCUUUGCAGCUUCAGCUUACGCGACAGCAGUUGGACAGCGGUGGCGGUGACGGCAGCGGCGAUGGCACCACCGGAGCGUCCGAGCGGUGCAAUCUGACUUCCUCGAAGAUGUCCCCGGAAUCUACGGAUCACGGGCCCGCCGAGAAGCGGAACGAAACGGAGCGCGAGGUGCUCAGCGAGCACUCGACUGCUGCCAAGAAAGCGAACAACAGAUCUAAGAGGAAAAAGCGCAGAUGAGUAGAGGAUUGCUGCAUGGACGUGCCUAGGGCCAGCCUUGCCCUCUACAUACUCCUAAUGCAAGUGACAGGAGUAGAUUAGCGUUCAUAUGUAAUGGAGUGAGGCCACCACAUCCAAAUUGGACCGCUCCUUGUGCGACCUUGAAGAGCUACUUUGCAUCGGGUAGCGCUGAUCGGCGUGCAUCUCGCUAUAAUGACGAUAGGCCCAUCUUUCUUUCGUCUAAUUUGCUAUUGAUAUUUCUAGAAUUCGUUCCUGACGUGAAAAUUAAUUAUUCGAGAUGACUGCGACCGAACGGAAAAUCUGUAAGAUCGGAAACGUGUCGCCAUGUACGUGCGAAACUAUUGUCAUCUAUUUCAAAAUCACGUUUUUUUGUGGCCCUAUCUUCGUUUCGAGUCUUAUCAAUUAGUAGUUAUGUCAAUCGCAAAAGUACGCGCGCGAGCAGAUACUGUGCUCGGGCAAUACAGUGGGCAAGGUUGUGUUCUAGUGGAUGUUAUUAAACGCUUCGACGUUAGUUCUAACGGGGUAGACUAACAUCGAAGGGAACUCCCAGAACAGGAUCGCGUUUCGCCAUCCGAAAAACACCCGUGUAGCAAUUUCGAUUCGACUGCCUUAGAUUGUAAAUGGUGAUAGAGUUUGGAUUCUACUUGGUGCAAACGUGCGUGUAUCUAUAUGUCGUUUGCCCAUUAUCGAUAACAUAAUUGUUUGGUGCAAUUAACGUGACUUGACGAUCGCUUUCGGCCAUUAGGUGUUUAUUUGCGGGAUUUACCCUUUUAGCUGGCCCUAUUCUGAGUGACAAUCAUCGUCCAGUAUGCAAUAGGCCAUAUUUCUUCGUUGUAGUACAAAAUAUCAUCGUCAGAUUCAUCCAGUUUUUGUUUACUGCCACAGAUUAUGCUUCUCGUCGAGCGAUGACAGUAUACCGAGGGGAAUUACUAUGAAAUUGAAAAGAUUUUCGAUCAUAAUACUUUGUACAGUUUAGAAUGUCUACAAUCGGAAACUGAUUACUUAGCUGUAUAUAUUGUCUUCGUGCACUUUUGUAUAAUGCCUAUUUGUUUUCGAGGAGAUUUAGAGGAGGACUCUCUAUAUCAUUCAUCAUUUAUUUUAUACACAUACAGACAAGUAUUCCCUGACAAAUUGUUGACGAAAUAAUAUUAAUAAUGGUAGUAAUAGUGUAAUAGGAGAGGGAUAGUAAGAGAUCCGUUUGUGCGCUAUGAAUCUGUUAUCUGAAUACGACGUAUUUUACGUGAUACCUCGAACGCGUUCAUCUUUGCACAAACCACGCCUGUUCAAACGUUCAUGCCAGUAUUGCUUUAUUUCAAAUUUAAACACAGUUGAAUAUUGGAAUCUGAUUGAACAUAAACUGCGUCCAGAAUUGGACAGCUUAGGCAAUGCGUACACAGUGCGAGCAUCACAAGAUUGACGUUGAUAUGAUGGGAAGGAUAAAAAGUCUCUCAAUACUUUUCUUCUAAAUAACAUGUGAUUCCGGACACGAUUCGAUCUAUAUCAAUCGUCUUCAGUCCAACUGAAUUUCGUUUUCUCGUCUCAAUUUUCUUUUCCUAAAUUUCAUUUUUUUGUUUCUUUAGAAAGAGAAACACUACAUGCCUUAUACAAGAAAAAUUUAAUGGUUUUGUUAUUUUGAUUAGUUGACUUUUUAGGAUUAUUAUUAUGUUCUCUAGCUUGUUAACUUUUAUAUUGAUUUACGUAUUUUCUUCUUGCAAAGUUAUUAAUUUAUAUAAUUUAUUUAACGUAGGUUGUGUUAAUUAAUUAUGGAAAUGUAAGAAAUCGUGUAGUAUGAGGCCCGAUACAUAUUAUCGAUCCGCUCACAGUCUGCUCACACUCCGCUCACGGUUUGAUCAAAUAUUCUUUCAUUGCAGUUUGUACUUAAUAUACGUAUCCACACUAUGGGUAACGCUCAAGUUUUAGUUUGCUCCAGCAACGAUCGAUUCGAAAGAAUAUUUUACUUGAGCGUGAUCGAACUUGAUCGGACCUGCACCGAUAGCGUGAACAGUUGAUUUCAAUCCACCGUCAGUUCUCACAAUCAGACAAUCAUUUCGAAAGUACCUGCACUUAUUCGAAAAUAUUUAACAAAUUUAUCCUCAUCAUGUAUUAAAUAGGGAUAUAAUGUAAAAUAUUCUCUUUCAGUUUUUUUAUUGAUCAAACUAGGAUGAACCCACAUUGAUCUUUUGCUUAUCUUUCUUUCUGUUUUACUCUCUUCACUUUCCUUAUCUUCAUCGUUCAGUGCUACAGCAAUUAUUACUAAUUUUUCAUCAGAAAAUAGCGACAUUUUUAUAACGAACUUUAUAACAGGUUAAAACACACGAUAGUGUGAAUACUCUAUAGGAUUAUGAUCGGACCGUGAGCGGACCGUGAACAGAGUGUGAACGGACCCAUAGUAUGUAUCGACCCAUCGAUCUGAUUUGGUGCAAUCAUAUUGUUAAUACCGGUCGAACUUAUUAUUGAAACUCAUCGGCUGAAACUACCUACAUAUUGUCCGAUACAAAUAUAAAUACAAGCUACGCACGUCUAGAAUUCACACCAUUAAUGUUAACGUAAUCGCAAUUUCCUAGUAUACGAUGUUCGCAAAUUCAGUAUAAUCAGUUGUGUUGAAAAUAUCAAUAUCGUGUCGCAAAAUUCAAAUUAUUCACAAGUCGCAGAAUCAUAUAUUUUGUUACUGCUUAAUAUCUUAUCCUCUUCACCUUUUUUAUUCUUUAGUGAGGUAUCGCCUGCAAUUUAUCUUCAAACUUAGAUUCUUUAAAAAUUCGAAUUGGAGAGUUGAUUAUAUUCGUAAUUAUUUGGAUAUUUUCGUUUUUGAGUCUUAAUCCUUUUAUUAGUAUCUCGCACAUUUGGGUGUGUAAAAUAAAUUUUUAGGCUCUUUAAAGGGAAGGGUCGAAAGAUUUUUUUCUUAUUUAAAAAUGCUAGUUUGUUUUUCCCGUAUAUUUUGAGCUAAAAAUAAAAUAAUUGUUGGGGAUAUAUUUAUAAGCAUAAAGAGAUUGAAUAUAUAAUUCUUGCACGGAUUAAAGUAAUGCGUCCGCACAAAUUUCAAACAAAAUUUCCAAAUUAAGUUAUUAUUAAACUGUAUUCUUAAAAGUAAAAAACUAUUAUUAAAAAUUAUGAUUUUACUAAAAGUUACAAACAUUUGAAGUUAUAAAAAGAACUGAUUUUUUCAAACUAUGAUUAAAAUUUAAAAAGAUUAUUUAUUUAGAAGAAAAGCUUGAUCAAGGUAUAGUCAAUUACACGAGAAAAAGAAUAAAAGAGAAGAUGAUUCGAAUACAUUAUCCGAAUGAUGAGAAAAAGGAACAUGAAGAUAGGUAGUUUUGUCCUAUGAUUCCACAAUGCAUCCUCUCCCUUAGUUUAAAUUAAAUUAUUUAUAUUUUAAUUAUUUAAAAUUUAAAUUAAGUAAAAAAUUAAAGUAUUCCGAGUUAUCUGACUAUCAAUUUGGCUUGUAUCAAUUUUAGAGUUAAAGAAAGCCUUAAAAUACUCAACUUUAAAUUACAAAGCAGAUAUAAAUCCGAUUUAGUGCUUAAAAAUCAAAUCAAAAAUUAAGGGCACAAUUUUAACUCGAAAUUAUUAAGGAAAAAACAUAUUCAAAAUAACGGAAGGAUUAAUUGGAACUUUUGAUUAAAACUUAUUGUUUACAUAUGUAUGAAAGUUUGAAACCUUAGAGAUUCAUCAAUUGAUCUUUCAUUAAGAGAUACAUGCAAAUUAUUUAUUAUUUAUUAUUUUGUUAUUUAUACUCUAUUAUUUUAUUUUACCCUCUACGAUUAUAUCAUCAACAAGAAAUAUCGAAAUGCUUAGCGUCCAUAGAGAUUUCUUCGUUUAAGAAUUACAUUCUUGGAUGUAGAGUUGUACAUAUAUGUAACAUAUAUAUAACAAAAUUUACACUUUCAAAGAUACUCGAAUUGAAAAAAAAUGUUCCCCUUAAUUUAAACGAUUACUUCGCGCGUAAGUAUAUCGCUGUUUAUUUUGCUUUACCUUCUUUCCGCGGCAGUUAACACUUAUCCCUUUCUCUAGUCCUUUUCUAUCUCUCCUAGCUCUUUCGCAUUUUUAAAAUGUCGAAGUGGCCUAUGCAGGCGUGUGCUUGAUGUGUAAAAAUUUCAAAGUCUUUUUGAGUGUUACACGUGAGGUAGAAAAGUGAGGAGGAAAGUAAGAAAAAGCGUGUAAAAACGUGUUCAACGUUGCCGAUGGUGACGCAUAAAAAAAUGUGUGUGUGCGUGCGUGGUAGAUAUAAUUACAUUUCUUGUAUAUCGUAACUAAAAAAAAAAGAGAGAAAUGGAUAUCGUGUGCGAGAAUCGAAAAAAAUGAUGAUAUAUACUCAGAAUAAACUCAGUAGCUUCGUGACAGCAGUUCUCUGUAGUUGUAACUGCUGCACAAUGUAGAGAAACUGCAAGUGGGAAAAGUAUGUUGAGAGGCGAAUCUUUUUAUUGACUCGGAGAUCAAUCAUAAAAUCUAUUUUAGGUAAGAACGGGGAGUAUAAAAGCUGAAUCAUGCAGGGUCUUACAGACUUGAUUAUCGUCAGAUUAAUUACCGACAUUGGAGUAACGUUUAUUUCUUUCAGGGGAAAAACCGCCGAUAGAAAAGUCGACUGCUCCAUUGCUACUGCAAAUAUAUGUUAUAAAUACAGAGUGCAGGAUAGUUUGCCGAGUACAGUACAAUCGCCUUACGAACUAAAUUACGAAGAAGAAAGGAGACAGAGGAACAUCUGAGUAGGAUAAUUGAGUCAGUGCCAGCCAUAGAAUAAAUAUCCAUUUAAUGCUUGCCGAUGAACAAUUAUGUGAAUGUACUGAGAAUACUGUACUUUGAACGAGAUGGCACACACGAAAAAAGAAGAUAUAUUAACAGCAUUAGCUAACAGCUAAUUGAAAAUAAUCUUGUCAUUUAUUAAAUUAACUACUGUUAUUGGACAGUAUUAAUGAAAUAAAUGACAUUCUAUU